AUGUCCGCUAAAGAUUUAGAAAUGAAACCAAUAGUCUCUGAAUUGAGAGGAGAUUUCUCUGGGUCAGUUUCGGAUUCCGAAACUCCUGCUAAUAAUAAUGAUAUGGGUAAAUGGGACCGUUUUAAAGAUUCGUUUAGAAGACAAGAGGUCGCACACGGUGAUGAAGGUAAGAAAUUACAAAAAGGGAUUAGUACUAGACAUUUGACCCUCAUGGCCCUUGUAACAGGUGUUGGUACUGGGUUGCUUGUGGGUUCAGGUAAGGUAUUGCAUGUUUCGGGUCCUUUGUUUUUGAUAGUUGGUUACGCUAUAGUUGGGUCAUUCUUGUACCCUACUUUGCAAGCAGCUGGUGAGUUAGCUGUGAAUUACAGUGAUCUUUCUGGAGGGUACAAUAACUACCCUCGUAAAUUUAUCGAUGAGUCUGUUGCGUUUGCGGUUACCUGGAACUACUGUAUUCAAUGGUUAUCAGUCAUUGCAGUGGAAUUAGUCACUGCAGCCAUGACUAUUCAAUUCUGGGACCAGGACAAAAAGUACAACCCUGAUAUCUGGGUGACAAUUUUCUUUGUGGUCAUUUUGCUCAUCAACUUUGUUGGAUCCAAGGGAUAUGGUGAAGGUGAGUUCGUCUUUGGAAGUAUCAAGUUAUGUAUGAUUUGCGGUUUUAUUCUCAUGACUAUAAUUGUGAAUUGUGGUGGUGGACCUGUUCCAUAUAUCGGUGGUAAAUACUGGCGUGAUCCUGGGUACUAUACCAAUUUUAAAGGGUUGUGUAAUGUUUUCGUUACUGGUGCCUUUUCAUUGGGUCAAUCUGAGUUCGUUGCAUUAUCUGCUGCUGAACAGCCUAACCCUAGAAAGGCUAUUCCUGCUGCUUGUAAGUUAAUUUUCUGGAGAAUCGUGGUGUUAUUCUUAGGCUCCUUAACUAUGGUUGGGCUUAUGGUUCCAUAUACUUCCGAUCAAUUGAUGGGUUCUGGUGGUAAUGCUACCCAUGCUUCUCCUUAUGUACUUGCUGCAGAAUUGCAUAAGGUUAGGGUUGCUCCAGACAUCAUCAAUGCUGUCAUCUUGUUGUCCGUCACUUCUGUUGCGUCAUCUGCUUUAUAUUCUUCUUCGAGAACUUUACAAUCAUUAGCUGAACAAGGUUUUGCACCAAGUUACUUCAACUACAUUGACAAAUCUGGUAGACCAUUAAGAGCAUUAAUCGUCUGUUCUAUUGUUGGUUUAUUCUCAUUCAUUGCUGCUUAUGACCAAGAAGAACAAGUUUUCACCUGGUUGUUGUCUAUCUCAGGUUUAUCACAAAUCUUUACAUGGAAUGUUAUUGUUGUUUCCCAUGUUAGAUUUAGACAGGCCUUGAAGUAUAAUGGCAUUUCACUUGAUUCGUUAGGUUAUGUUGCAUCUACUGGUGUAUGGGGAUCGAUUUACGCUAUCGUAUGGCAUUGGUUGAUUUUAUUCGCCCAAUUCUAUAUUUCCUUAUUCCCUGUUGGAUCUAGUAAACCAGAUGCCCAGAAUUUCUUUGAGAAUUAUCUUGGUGCUUGUGUAUUAAUUGUUUUCUACAUUUGUCAUAAGCUCUGGACUAGAAAUUGGAAAUUUUACUUCAAGACCAGUGAAAUCGACAUUAACGCGGAUAGAGUUAUAUUUGACGAAGAAGUAUUAAACUUAGAAAAGCAAGAACAUCAAGAAAAAUUGAAGAGAAGUCCUUUCCAUGUGAAAGCCGUAGAUUUCCUUUUUAAAUAG